GUUGAGUCCAAGCUUAACUUGAAAAUAGGAGAAGAUCCAGAGCAUGAAGCCCAUCAUCAUCUUCAACAAUUACGUUAAAAAAAACCCUAUAUAUUGCUCGAAAACCCUACCUGUCACUCAUUGUUUCUGUUCAGCCGUCGAAAAUGUCGAAGCGUGGACGUGGAGGAUCAGCUGGAAACAAGUUUAGGAUGUCACUGGGUUUACCAGUGGCAGCCACAGUGAACUGUGCCGAUAACACCGGUGCUAAAAACCUCUACAUCAUCUCGGUGAAGGGAAUCAAGGGCCGCCUUAACCGCUUGCCAUCGGCUUGUGCUGGAGACAUGGUGAUGGCCACUGUCAAGAAAGGGAAGCCUGAUCUGAGGAAGAAGGUCUUGCCUGCUGUCAUUGUGAGGCAGCGCAAGCCUUGGCGCCGAAAGGACGGUGUUUACAUGUACUUUGAAGACAAUGCCGGUGUCAUUGUGAAUCCGAAGGGAGAAAUGAAAGGUUCUGCCAUAACUGGUCCAAUCGCGAAGGAGUGUGCUGACCUAUGGCCAAGGAUUGCAAGUGCAGCCAAUGCCAUUGUUUAGUGAUUUCGUUUCCCUGAAACUUUGCUGUAUCUUUUAAGUUUAUAUUUGCCAUUGCCAUUGUUUAGUGAUUUUAUUUCCGUGAAACAUACUUUGCUGGAUCUUUUAAGUUUAUAUUUGCCAUUCUGAACUUUUAUCGAUGAUACUCAAGUUCGACAUUA